AUUCAUUGUGACAAAACAGAGCCUCAUUGCAACAAGUGUAAGUCAAAGGGUUUAAAAUGUACAGGACUCGGUAUCAGGCUGCGCUUCAGCUUUGGGUGCCACCCCAAACAGUCAGAUCCCCAUGCCCAGUGCCAGGAACCUGAACUAAUCUUGCACCUGAACCAGGCAAGAAAGGGAUGCCGAAUCAUCCGCACAUGCCUCAGUAGCCAGACCUCAGUCAACAGUGGCAUACACAGACUUCCAAGAUAUUGGUCGCCUAGCGGAAUAUGAGACAACGAGCGAACCCAGCCGUCCAGCGCCGCAAGUCGGGUCAACCGAAAGCUAUAUCAGCCUUGACGACUGUGCAACCACAGUAGACAACUGGUCUCUUAUUUUACCACACUCACUGGAUAAACAAGAAGUUGUCGGUAGCUCCACGGACGAGUUGCUUAGGGUUGAAGAGGAUACUUGGGCGAAUCUCUUAGGCCACAAAACUCUUUGCCUACCAGUGCCAGACCAUUUACCACGCUGGCAAAAUGAUCUCUGUCUACAUUGUAAGUGUCUUUUGCUUCCUUUUACCGGUACUUACUCAUCCAUGUGUUAUUAGUUUCUCGUCACAUUGCAGGCGAGAUGACCGCCAUCGACGGGUCUCACAACGGAUGGAGACACUUGGUCCUCCCAUUCGCCAGGGGUGACAGGCUUGUCCUCGACGCAGUGCUUACGGUUUCUGCUUUUCACAUCUGGUUAAAUAGAAAUCCUGCGACUGGGUUUCACUCCCCUGGCGACACGGCGAAAGCGAGUCUUCAAGCUCCAGAUCCAAAUCAGUUGUACAAGCGCGUUAUCUCGGGUCUACAGCAACAGCCUGAACUUGAAAGUUGUAAUACUGAGAGGAAACACUCUAUCUUGAUUACCAUUCUCGUCCUUCACGUCGGCGUUAUGGUGACUGGCCGUUCAGACUUUCCCAUGCUAUUUCGCAUGCUCGAAUCCGCGCUUGCCGCUAUGGGUGGAUGUGAGGCACUAGGGGGCGGCGAGGUUGCUGACUUCAUCUUGCCAGAAGUGGCCAAUUUCGACAGGAUACGCCUAUAUGCCGCACCACUCCUCAGCGAGGAAUCUGGACUCGCGGUUGUUUCAUCACAGGAACAUGCUUCUCGGCUUUUCAACUGCUUAACUCACCAUUUAUCGGUCUACCCAGAACACAGCGCAUCGUUCGCGUUUAUUACCGACCUCGUUCAGCAAGCGAUCAAUAUGUACCUCACCUCGUCACAUUUGGAUGCACCUUCGGCCCUCGACAUUGCUGACUCCAUUACCCGUGUCGAACACUUUAAAGAAACUCUAGAGGCCUUCCCCCUCGGAGCGCCGGGCGAACAGGUGAUGGUCUGGGCAUCCUUUGUGGCUGCGGCCAGCUGCCUCCUUAAUGAACACAUGGAAUUCUUUGAGCAUGUUUUUAUGAGACACUACAUGAGGAGCGGGUUCUCUAACUUGGUCUCGGGGCUCGAGGCUCUCCGAAAGAUUUGGUCAAGGAAGCCCGAUGAAAGAUGGACAUUACUUAUGGCUGGGGUACACAUUCUCGUCAUGUAA